GGCCUACCUACCUACCUACCUACCUAUGAUCAACGUGCUGGGUAUCUCUUCUAUCCUUGAUUAUUGAAUUGUCCUUUCUUCGUUAUCAUAAGAUUACCUCCUCGUACCUCCCUCCCUCCCUCCCUGUCCCAUCACUCAAGUUUGACCUCUUCACCCUCCUUCUUCCGUACAUGCGAUAUUUACUCCAUAUGGUAUCUUUCCCCCAUCUAUACUGGGCUCCGUAUCACACACGAGAUCUGAGAUCUGGCAAUCGCUCAGUCACAUCGCAUUCACAUUCAGAUACUACCUAGCACCUAGUACUAGCACGGACUAGUACACUAAUUGCACUUCAUUCGAGUAACUGUAUUGUUCCUCCCUAGUCAUACAAUCGUGAAGAAAUGAAUUGAUACGUCUUCAUUUCUGUACUCAAGACCUUCAUCCAUAAACCUCCAUGCUUCUUCAUAACCCUUCACACGCAUAACUGUUACAAAUUAUUGAUACUCAAAUCGAAAUCCCUACGACUCUAUCUCUUGACACCCUGGGUUUUGCGGGGUUAGAUCUCACUCCCCCCCCCCUCCCUGCGUACAGAAGAUGGAUUCGUCCAAAAGGAAAAAGCCUGGCAAGGUCCGUAUUGCGGAUCACCUGCGAAAAAGAGCUCUGGUUUCUUGCGAUCGUUGCAAAAAGCGUAGAGUGCGUUGUUCUAGAGUGGGAGAGGAUCCAUGCGAGAAUUGUGUGGAAGCCCGUGUAGAAUGUAAAUCCACCUUACCCCGGAAGACGCGAAUCUAUGGAAGUGUUGAGACGCUUAGUAUGCGAUAUCGCGUUCUGGAUGCGCUGGUCAAAGGAUUACUCCCCAAUAAGGAUACGAAUGAGAUCGACGUUCUCUAUGAGAUUGCUGCAGAGCAUAAAAUAACGUUACCCGAAUUCACGGAAGAAAACCUCGCUGCGGGCGAUACGCGCAUGGAGGAAAUUUUUGCACAAGUCCCAAAGGAAUUGGCAUCGUCACCAGCUUAUUCCGAGGGUAGCCAACGAGCCUUGAAAGAAGAGCCAACGCCAACAGAGAAAUCUGCAACCUUACCCAGCUCGCCACAGGAAACACUUGUUCCCACACCUUCGGGGGGACAAUCACAUUUUAUUGGACCUUCUUCAAGUUUUGGAUUUGCCCUCAAUCUUCGUGCGCUGGUAGGAUCAUAUGCUCAAGUUCUUGACCAGAACGAUCCAAGUAUGAAGUUGAUGAUAAACUUCGCGACGUCAAAAUGGAGCAAAGGUUUAGAGCCCAAAGCGGCCGAAGAAAAACAUACCGCCCCUGGACCAGCAGAUCUCGAACGAGAUCCUCAAGUAUCUAGAAGCCGUCACGUGCUUCCACUUGUCCCAGGCAAAGAUCCAUCAGAGAAAGAGCCUCUAUCUUCACUUCUUCCUGCUCGAGAAAUCGCGGAUGUUUUAGUUCAGUCGUUCUUUGACCAUGUUCACCCCGAUUUUAUGCUUUUUAGACGUCGCUCUUUUGAACAGCGCUACGAGAGCAUGUGGAGCCAACUUGGUAAUCAAGUGCAAGAUUUCGAAGCCGGGUGGCUAUGUUCUGUUCUCAUGGUUCUAGUACUCGGAGCUCAAACUAUCGACCCACAGGAUGAUUUGUACCUGCAAAUGAUUCACAAUUAUAAAGUAUGGGUCCAGUCGCGAGUGUCCCAACUUCAAUAUACCAGUACACUGGUCAAUAUUCAAGCUCUGCUCCUUUUGCAUAUGUAUUUACAUAACAUGUCUGAACGUAACGCAGCUUGGACGAUGCUAGGUGCGGUUUUGAGAAUGGCCAUGACUCUUGGAAUGCAUCGAGAAGGAGGCAACAGAAAUCUCGAUGCAGGCGAAAUUGAGGUUCGACGCCGGGUGUGGUGGACAAUUUACGUACUCGAACAGAAUUCAUGCACUAUUCUGGGCAGACCCUGUUCUAUUGACGACAUGGAAGUCACAGUUAAAUAUCCCAACGAAGACCUGCUUGACGGCAGUGCACAUGUACCUAUGGGAUACGUCGAGGAGUUGUGUCGUUUGACAAGAAUAAUGGCGCGUACUAGUAAGAUGAUGUAUCCCUCUAACGUCAUUCUAUCUCCGGGUGAUGAGAAACACAGGAUCAUUUGGGCCGAUAGAUUACUCGCGGAGUCGGACGAAUGGCGCGAACGGUUACCACCACACCUUCGCCUCGGACUUCAAGGAAUUCCACGAGCCCACUCGCGUGCGAUUUAUCUACUUCAUCUUCAGUUCCAUCUUGUACAGUCACUUGUUACUCGGCCUUACGCAGUACGGAAAGCAAUGCUACAGGUAGCUCGGAAAAAAGGGAAACACGUUAGCGCUAACCAUCUCGGUGAACAAGAACACAAGUUGAGUUCCAAAUGCGGCCUUUCUUCCAAGGAAGCUCUUAAGCUCAUCUAUCAUCUUAUCACUUUAAACCAAUUCAAUGGUGUAACCUGGACUGAUCCCUACUACGUAUAUCACAGCGUGGCCGUCAUCGCGUUGGAGUUCCUAGCCAAAGAUGAGCCAGACAAUGACGAAGAAAUCUCUCGCAGGAAAGCCGUCUUUGAUGUAAGGAACGCGAUGGAUAACAUUCGCCUUUGUCCAGUCUUCGCUAUGCUCACACAGGUAUCUUUCCAAUUUGCUCAAAUUGUCGGUAUAAUUGAUAACCAUGUAACUGCCGCACAAUCUCAACACUACGAUGCCAUGCAGAUGCAGUCUCAUGUUCAAGCCAUCCCUGAUAUCGACAUUGAAUUCGAAAACCCCCAGCAGAGCAAUAUUGACAACGUCUUUGAUUUAAUUCUAGGGAAUAAUUUCAGUAUCCCUUGGAAAGUUGGACCGGAUGCCUUUACUCAUAGCCCACAAGUCUCAGCGCCGAUGAUGGAUUCAUACAUGGACCGUAGCAUGCCUGCUAUUAACGAACAAGUCACCGCUACAGCGCUGCAGGGAAUGCAGCCCCAACAGCCAUAUGUAAGUUGGCCCACGGGUGGAUAUGGAGUGAUUCCCACACACGCACAGUAUGGAAAUCCAUCAGCAACUCCAUCGCAUAUCAACAGUAAUAGCAACGGCAAUGGUCAAUCGCAUGCGCAGUAUUCGAAUACAAUCGCAGCUCCUUCGCAGUUUCCAAUAGCGGCCCCAAAUCAUGCCAAUGGUAAUGGCAACGGCAAUGGCCCCUCUCAUGCGCAAUACGCAAAUCCGCCAAAUCCGCCACAUCUUCACAGUAAUGGUAACGGCCAUCCUCAUGCGCAGUAUUCGAACUCACAUCCUAAUUACGAGCAUCGGAGGAACUGAUCAUUCUUAACGUAUUGUAUGUACAUUGGUAUCGAGGUAUUAAAAAUGGGUAUACGCUUGGGAAAAGCAGGAGUAAUGGGCCUAGGGGCAUGGUCGUUUUUUUUAUUUAUGUAUAAUUUGCCGGUACAAGAUGCCGCACGCGGUUAUCUUGGAAUUUGGAGCCACUGGCAAGGAGUUGGAAAACAGGACUUUAAAUUGGGAGUUUUGGGGUUAGGAGGAACGACGAUUAUUCAUAGUGCAAUAAUUCGGGGGAUGGAAUGAAAUGGGCCAUAGAAAUUCUGGAAUUCUGGAAGAGCGACUUAGGGGGACAAUGGUGCAAUCAUGCAUGAUGGUAGAUGAAUAGAUGAUUGAAUCUGUUGAGGUAGGAAAUUGAAAUGGAGAUUGGAAAGGUUUAUUAAUCCUAGGAUUCCAUGCAUGUGUGUGUGUGUAGAUAGAUAUCUGUGUAAAAAGUCAAUAAAUAAUGUUUGUUUUUUUGGA